AUGCAAUUCAACUCACUUGUUAAUCCUACAAAUUCCAAGGUUGCUAUCCCUCGGAUUGCGUGCGCCCAGUCAGGAAACGCAGCCCUCCGUGCUAAGAGAGCAUGUCUGGGAUGCAGACAAAAAAAGGCCAAAUGUGACGGCCGCCAACCAUGUCAUCGAUGUGUCCUUUUCGAUGCCGUUUGCGAGUACGCCGAGGGGAAGGAAGACAGAAUCAAAAGACGCGUUUUAGAACUUGAAGAACAGAUUGAUGUGUACGAUCAGUUGCUGCGGAGGUUACGAUUCAAGGUAGAUGUUCACGACCGAGAGGUGAUCGAUAGGGUUCUCAAUCGGCCCUUCCUCGUUUCUGGACAUGCGAGGUACCUUGGAGCGGGAAAAACCGAUGGCCGGAGAGCAGGUGGCCAGUACCGAAACAAUCGGCGAGCAAACCCGAGCGGGCGAAUCAACAUUAAUAUGGAACGCUCAAUCGGUAAAAAUCAGGUAUAA